UACCAAAAAAGGAAAGAAACAACACGCGUGGCUGGUUUUAAGGAUAAUCUCUCAAAAUUCCCUUUUCCAUCAAUUCUCUCAAUUCUUUAUACCAAAAAGUAGUGCACAUUUUGUUUUCAGUUCCUGUAAAGGGCAUAAUAAUGGCAGGGAAAACAGUGUGUGUAACAGGAGCAUCAGGUUACAUUGCUUCAUGGCUUGUCAAAUUCUUGCUCCAUCGUGGUUACACUAUUAAGGCCUCCGUUCGUGAUCCAAAUGAUCCCAAGAAAACGCAGCAUUUGCUUUCCCUUGGUGGGGCCAAGGAGAGGCUUCACUUGUUCAAAGCAAACCUGUUAGAAGAAGGUUCAUUUGACGCUGUGGUUGAUGGAUGUGAAGGUGUAUUCCAUACAGCAUCUCCUUUUUACUACUCUGUUACAGACCCACAGGCUGAAUUACUUGAUCCUGCUGUUAAGGGAACACUCAAUCUUCUCGGUUCAUGUGCCAAAGCACCAUCAGUAAAACGAGUGGUUUUAACAUCUUCCAUAGCUGCAGUUGCUUAUAGUGGUGAGCCUCGGACGCCUGAGGUUGUGGUUGAUGAGAGCUGGUGGACCAGUCCAGACUACUGCAAAGAAAAACAGCUCUGGUAUGUCCUCUCAAAGACAUUGGCUGAGGAUGCUGCAUGGAAGUUUGUCAAGGAGAAAGGCAUUGAUAUGGUUGUAAUAAACCCUGCUAUGGUUAUUGGUCCUUUGUUACAGCCUACACUUAAUACCAGUUCUGCUGCAGUCUUGAACUUGGUAAAUGGUGCUGAGACAUACCCAAAUGCUUCUUUUGGGUGGGUUAAUGUGAAAGAUGUUGCAAAUGCACAUAUUCUCGCAUUUGAGAACCCUUCAGCUAAUGGGAGGUAUUUAAUGGUUGAGAGAGUUGCCCACUAUUCUGAUAUAUUGAAGAUAUUGCGUGACCUUUAUCCUACUAUGCAACUUCCAGAAAAGUGUGCUGACGACAACCCGUUGAUGCAAAACUAUCAAGUAUCAAGGGAAAGGGCAAAAAGCUUGGGUGUUGAAUUUACUCCCCUUGAAGAAAGCAUCAAAGAAACUGUUGAAAGCUUGAAGGAAAAGAAGUUUUUCGGAGGCUUAUCUGCUAUGUAAAAGGCGUCCCAAAGCUUUUAUGGUUGUUGAUCUGUGCAAGAUUUGAAAAGUAUCUCUCUUUGAAAAAGUUAGUGAAACCAUGCCCUGAACAAUAUUGCUUUUUUUUUCUUCUUUUGGUUAAUUUUAGGAUUGAUGCAACAAGUGCUGUAUCCCUUAAUAAAUUUCGACUAGACGUGGUUGAAGUUAUUGUGAAUUUCUAUAGCUGCA